AUGGUUCUUAUUACCACGGAUAUCGCAAUGCUACUUGGAGGAAAUGCAGAACCAUCAUAUCAUCUAAUGAUUACAGCUCUUCCUUCCGAGAUUGCAGCCACCAAGAACAAACGAUGCACCCAUCUCCUUCAGGAUUUCAUACUCGACACCUUGCAAAUUUCCCCAAACAGAGGAGUUCUGCAGUUCCAGGCAGUCACGGAGGAAAAUCUGGCCACAAACGGGAUGACUGCGCUACAAGAGAUCGAACAGCUGGAGAGACAGCCAAUCGAGGAAGACGGACGGUUCAGAGCGAUCAGUAGACAAAGCAGAAGAAGCAAAAAGUCGAGUGUUCCAGCUUUCACAGAAAGAAUCAGGUCUGGCAUUCCAUCGUUGAGAUCUACAACGCCGUCGCGGCAACAAUACAGUACAAUUCAAAUGGGAGAGUCGAAGUCGACAGAAGCAAGCGGCCUAGGAAAGAAACGUGUGAAAAGGAGACAAAGUAUUCUUGCUUUCUUCAAGAGGUGA